AUCACUGAUCAGGUUUAUAAACCUGGAGAUAGCGACUCAUCAAACGAGGGAUUUGGACCGUAACACCUGGAAUCUAAUUGACCUUUUUGAUCAUUCGCGCUGGAGAAAUGUUCCCGAGCAAAGAGAAGAGUGACGCGGAAUCGGCAUCCUCUCCCUGCGAGGACACCCGCCCGCACGAGCCCGGCGCUGACCCGCUGAUGAUGGACAGCAAACAGGGCUCGCGCGCGGACACCGAGCCUGCGGGUGCGUUCGUUCCUACGGUCACGGCGAUCUCCAGCACCCCGGACCUGCAGUGGAUGGUCCAGCCGACCCUCAUCACGUCCGUCUCUCCAUCUCUGGGCAGAGCCAAAGCUAAGACAGCUGGGGCCAAGGGAAAAGGCGCAGCCAGGAAGAGCAAGAGCGAGCAGCUUUCACCGGAGGAAGAGGAGAAGAAGAGGAUCAGGAGAGAGAGGAAUAAGAUGGCUGCAGCAAAGUGUCGCAACAGACGGAGAGAACUUACAGACACCCUUCAGGCAGAAACCGACAAGCUAGAAGAGGAAAAAGCGGCUCUCCAGACUGAAAUUGAGAAUCUCCUGAAGGAGAAGGAGAGGCUGGAGUAUGUUCUUGCCACUCAUAAUCCUCUCUGCCAGCUCCCUGAAGAGCUCGACUGCAUGUUUCCAGAGUCUCCUCAGCCGCUUCCAGCUCCAGAAACCUCCACCAAACCCUCAGAGGAAAGUCCACCAGACGCCGGCUCUCUCCCGGACCUGGAGAUCCCGACGGUCCCGUCCACCGCUAUUUCCGGCAACUCCAACAUUUUGUUGUGCUCCAGUGCGGAGGUCAGUUUGUGCGACCUGGAGCCUUCGCUGGAUAUCAAGGACGAGCUCCUCGCCGCCGGCGAUGACACGGCCCGCUCCGUCCCCGACUUAGACCUGACCGGCUCGCUGGGCAUCACGGACUGGGAGACCCUUUACAAGUCUGUGGCCAAUGACCUCGAACCUUUAAGCACCCCGGUGGUGUGCACGUCCACGCCCACCUGCAGCAACUACCUGUCUGUCUUCACCUUCUCCUGCCCAGACCUGGACUCUCUGGCCGAGGGACUGGAUGCUUGCAAAGGUGGAGCGAGCAAAGCCGAAUCAAGCGCCGAUAUCCUCAACUCUCCAACUCUACUGGCCUUAUAAACACAGGCGACGUGACGUCACGAUAUUGCUCUUAAUCACUGGAUAUGGCCGUUAUGAUUCAGAUGUUCAGAUGUGUGAUGCUGGUGUGACGCCAGCCGCAUCCGUGACACGUUUGGUGCGGGAUGUCCCUUUCUUCCAGAAACAUUUGAUGUAGCUCAAAUCCAAGAGCAUGGAGAAUUAUUUUAUGAGCUGAUAUGAACUACGUUCCAGUUUGAAAAGCAUGCACAGAGAUAUCCUAAAAGUAUAUAUAUAUAUAUAUACAGUAUAUAAUAUCUAUAGUAUAUAUGUAUCGGUUCCAUAUCUGUUUGAUCUGGUGCUAAGUUCCGUAUUGUGAAAUUGACGGCGAUUUUGUGUUCGAUUUUUAUGGGUCGACCUGUGUUGUGCUUUAAUAUGCAGUCAUGACAGUUAUCACAUACCUCAGUGUCACCAUUCGACUGUGUUUCCACGUCAAACGUUUAAAGUUUUCCAUGAAAACAUCCAGUGCUAUAUCGAUGGAGAUGUAUUUUAUGAUAAUUUAUUUUUUUACAUUUUAAAUUUGAGCAUUGAUUGCUGAAUAAAUCCACGUGAAAAA